GUGUGAUCUAGCCAAAUUUAUGACUGGCCGAUAGGAGCACGUGAUACGUCUUAAACAACCCAUAUUUGGGCAAUAGAGAACAAAAAAAUAAAAGAAUCCCCCCACCUAUAAAUCGUGGUCAUUUUUAGGAUAAAAACCCUCAUGAACUUCAAAAAGAGCCACAAAUCAAACGCAAUAACAAUAACAAAACGUUAUAACAGUUCUCGGCGCUCGUAGAAUAGAAUUAUCGUGUUAUGUUAUAACUUUAAUGUAAUAAUUUACUCGGUAUAAAUGCUUCUAGUCGGUGUUUGCUACGUUUUCUCUUGAAAUGAGCUCUUACGUAGCCAACUCGUUGUUCAAGCAAACAAGUCAUGAAGCGUCCGCCUUCACUUUGCACAACCAUGGUUACGGUUCCGUGCCCGAGCUCCACGUACCGUCGGGCUACUGUUACGGAGGGCUCGACCAUCAACAUCGAGGUUCCUUCGCGUGCCCAUCCUCCUCUAACUCGCUCCGUGCGGGGGAGAUGAGCUCCGGUCCGCGUGGCAGUCCGGAUAACCACACACCACGAGCAGAGUCAUCCACUGGCUCGCCCAGAGGCCGCCUUAACCCAACCGGUCACGGCUCCCUAAAUCUUGGACUUUACGGUCGCAAAAGUGAGGGGGCAACGGAACCCUGCGAAAUGCCCACAGGCAAAACGAAAGGCGCCGACGAGACCAAAGUUGGAACUUUGCAAGCCGUUCAGCCGGUGGGACAAGCCGGCCACCCAAGUCAAACCCAAGGCAGUGAGCAGCCGCCGCAAAUCUAUCCCUGGAUGACUAAACUACAUAUGAGCCACGAACCGGAUGGGAAACGUUCAAGGACGAGUUACACCCGCUAUCAAACUCUGGAGUUGGAAAAAGAGUUCCAUUUCAACCGCUAUCUGACGCGUCGAAGGCGCAUCGAGAUCGCCCAUACCCUAUGUCUGAACGAGCGACAGAUCAAAAUCUGGUUCCAGAAUCGUCGAAUGAAGUGGAAGAAGGAUUCCAAGCUCAAACUUAAAGAUCCAUUCUAGAGCCCCCAUUUCACUCGGAGCCAAGAGUCUAUUCAGAGGAUGGCGUUCAAAAACUUUUAACCCCACCGGUGUUUCCAAACUGUGACCUACAUGUAAAUGCGAUGUUAUAGUGUGAUAUGUGAAAGUAUUAUUCAACUUACGAUAUGGAUAUGAGUGUAAUUCAAUUGUCAUGUUUAUUUAAUAUUGUGCGCAUUUGUUCUUGUAGAAAGGCCUGUGCCUACAUAGGUCAUAGAAUACCCUAAUCGUGUUAUUAGACGCAAUCAGAACGCCCAAUACCAUUUUCAAAGUGAAAAUAUUUCUAAGUUGCAUCAGUGUAAGCAGUGAAUUAUUCAUAACUUCUGUUUUCAUAAUGAUACUUGGUCAACUGGUAAUGCUACAGUUGUAUUAUUAAAAUGA